ACAACUUGAAUUCUGAUCACUACUCUCAUCCGUUAACCUUUCCUCGCUCAUUCUCUCUCUAGAUCUUGCUGAGUUACAGUGAUGAUGGAGGAGAUUCAAGCUGUGAAGUCUACUACUGACAAUCCAGGCGAAGAUUUCUACGAGAUGAUCGAAGCGCCUAAGUUCGUCGACUUCACCGUUUCCGAUCACUACAUUCCCGAUGAUCGCUACUGGUUCUGCUCCCGAGUCGGUUGUGAAGAGAAGCAUCCAGAAGAAAUGGACUCUGAAGUUAUUUACAAAAACUUUGUUAUGCGGGUAAUGGCGGCGAGGAGUCCGAAUGUUCGGCUUCAGAGAGCUCGAAGGAAUCUGAAGUGCCCACUUACAGCUCCUCCCAAGUCUUCAAAAUCUAGAGUGGCCAGACUAGCUCUUAUAUCUUCCAUCUCUAAUAGGAUAGUGGAGGCAAGAGUGAAAUCUAGACCGCCUAUUCCCAAGCCUAGUACGACACUGAAUGCAAAGGCAAGACAAGUUCAUGCCAAGGCCAUGACCACUCCAAGAAACAAGAAGCUUAAAUCAAAUUCCAAUGGGUUUCUGAGUGUUAAAAAUCCUAAGACUACAUCAGCUGAAAUGCCGAAGACUACAACGGUAGCUAAGGCUUUGAUCUUUCAAUCUCCAAAGAAAGAUACGAAAAAGAAAAAUUCAAUAGAAAUGAGUACCCCUGUGAAAACUUUAUGUGCAGCAAUGAAGAAACUUGAGAUUACUAGCUCGAAGAAGAACCGAUUAGGGGAUGGACAGCCGUUGCCUCUGGAUCCUCCAAGAAGAAAGUUCAGAGGACGUGAGGUAAAGAGCCGAGUUUUUGAUUCAUUAGGAACUUACAGUUGCAAACGUCGGGAUGCCAAAUCUGCAAGAGUUUUGAAGAGGAGAAGCAAAGAAAAGAACUUAAAGCCGCCUCUUCCUGAUCACAUGGGCCAAGAUAUUGUUGAUGAGGAUGCCAGUGACAUGGAUAUUGAUGAUAAAUCAAGGCAUGUUUCCAUGCAAGGAUCUGAUCUGCCGAGUUCUGCUACGAGUACUGAAGGAAAUCAAGAUGAACUUCCAAUAUCUGAAGAUUCGGAUAAUCUGUCCAAAGACUCUAAUGAAACUUUAAUUUCAAAUUCCGAAAACAAUCAUGAAGAGAUAGCCAAAAUAGAUGCAUUGGAGAGUGGUGAUAAAGAAAAUGUAGCUGAAAUUGAUGAAGGUAUUCAAGAUGAAAAGGUUUUGCAAAUUGAGGAGCCCCUGGACGAGAGCACAGAUAAUGGGUCCAAAAACUUUAAAGAUGAUGAGACUUCAAUAUCAAAUUCAGAAGCAAGUGAUUUCAAAUUAGUUCUAUGCCAAGUGGAGGAUGAGAAGAAUCAAAAAUCCAAUCAUGAGGAGAGAACGAAAUCAGGGGAAAUACAGAUAAAUAUCUCAGAACACGAGAUUGAUGAUAAAGAAAAUGCAGUGUCCUCUGAUGAUGAUAUAGUGCAUGAAAGUGAAACCAUCACAGAUGAAAAUACCGCACCUAAACACAACAGGGUAAACAAUUCUUACAACCAGUCUGAAAGAGUGCCAUUUGGAAAACUUGAGAAAUUUAAAAAUACAUCAAAGGUCAAUGGAGUAUUGAAGAAGAAGACUCUAAAGGAGAACACCACCCCUGCUGCACUUGGUUCUCAUGGGCUGAAACCCAGCAAACCAAAGUCCACGAAUCCGAAGCCAUUCAGGCUAAGAACUGAUGAAAGAGUUGUACUAAGGGAAGCAAACUUGGGGAAAAAGCUUAAUUGCCCGUUGAAAGACAUCACUGCAUCUCGAAGGUUUCAUGGGGACAAGUUACAGAGAAAAACUCAAUCCACGGUUCACCAAAAUUCUGGAUGCGAUGAUCAUGUUGAAUAUGAACAAGGGGUGUUUCAGAACAAAACCCCAGAUGAUCAACAAGGAAGAACAGUACCAGAUUCCUCAAACAACAACAAAAAAGUAGAUUCACAAACUUGCGUUGCUUUAAAACAACAACAGAAACAGAGCCUUUGCCGUCAGCUCAAACCUGCUAAAGAGAGAUCAACCAAGCCAGAUGAUAAUCUGAAAAGAAGCAAACUAGAAAAGAUACAGCAAAAUGUUAGGAAGCCGCCUCGUAGGGAAAUGGCUUCUCUAGUAGUACCAUCCGGCUUACUCAUUGCAAGGAAGGAAAGCAAUAGGAACACAUUGAGUCACAAAGACGCUAAAGAAACAGACACAUUAUUAUCUCGAAAAACAAGAGCUGCAACUAUUCUAAAGGAGCCAAAUGUUCGUAGCAGUCAUGUACCGAGGAGCUGCUCGCGAAAAUUGGGUUAGGUGAUCGUGAUUAUCCUCACUGGAGUUAUCAGGUUAGUGCAUUGGAUUGUGGAUUGCUUUGGGUUUGUUCAAUUAAAUCAUUGAAUUAAUUGUAUGUUAGAACUUAGGUUUAGACAUAGCCCAUCUCUAAGAAAGAGUGUGUGUGAGAGUUGUAAGAAUUUGAAACAUAGGAUAAUACCCUUGGGGGUCGGACUUUGUUGGAUUAUGCCUACCCUUUGGACUUUAUUUAAUUCUUUUAUUUUUAUUAAAA